GAGGAUUUUAUUUUGGAAACCUCAAUUGAAAAAAGAAAAUGCACCGAAAUUGUAUAAUAAUAUUGGUAUAGAAAAAAAAAUGUAGGCGUUUGUUUCCCUUGUAUUCUUCUCUCCACAUCCUUACUAGGACUAGGAGCUUAAUAAUCACAAUUCACAAGGCAAAAGCGAAUUGGGUUUUCCGUUAUCAAAAUCUUCAAUCCCAAUUCCAAAUCCGGAUGAAUUGGCAUCAUCAUAUUCAUAUAUCGAGGAUUGGGAUUUUGAGGCUCUGAAAUUUGAAUAAAAGUGGGCGUAUGUGUUGAGAAAGAAAGAAAGAAAGAUCGAUGCUGCGCAGAAUGAUGGGGAAGAAGGGGAAGACGGGCACUAUUCCGGUGUACCUCAAUGUAUACGAUCUCACCCCCAUCAACGGCUAUGCUUACUGGCUCGGCCUCGGUAUCUAUCAUUCCGGGGUUCAAGUUCAUGGAGUUGAGUAUGCAUUUGGUGCUCAUGAACAUUCAACAACUGGGAUUUUUGAGGUAGAACCAAAGCAUUGUCCUGGUUUCACAUUUAGAAAAUCAAUCUUGAUUGCAAGAUCAGAUUUGGGUCCCAAGGAGGUCCGUGCACUCAUGGAAAACCUGGCUCAAGAAUACCCUGGAAAUGCCUAUAAUCUCAUUUCCAAGAACUGCAACCAUUUCUGCAAUGAUGUGUGUCUUCGCUUGACUGGUAAACAGAUUCCUAGAUGGGUGAAUCGCCUUGCUCGACUUGGUUUGUUCUGCAACUGUGUUCUGCCAGCCGGUCUGAAUGAGGCAAAAGUUGGGCAUGUUAGAGGUGGAGAAAAAAACUCAGAGUCGGAGAAGAAAAAGCUGACAAGUCAUCUGAGUAGGUAUGUGUCUGCUUCCGAUCCUAACCCAUCCGCUAAUACGCCAUCUUCAGGUUCUGCAACAAGAAGCGGCAGACGCCAAAGCAGCCAUUCUUUGUCGCAGCGCAGUUUUUCUUCAUUAUCAGAAGCCACCUCUAAGUGGCCUGAAUAUAUGUAAUGUAAUUAAACAAAAGAUGGAAUAUAGUAUAUUAUAUGAGUGGUUGUAGACUCUAUUCAAAUGUACUUUCUCUCAUGGGGUUUCUAUUGGACGCUGUAAAUGUUAUGAUAUAAUAUAAUGUGAAAGUUGUUUA